AUGUUCACCUUUUGCCCGCUCCAGGGCGCCCUUUCGGAUUCGACUGCUUCGCAAUCCCUUCUUGAGCUCGAUGGAGGCGUCAAGGUUUUGGUUGAUCUAGGAUGGGACGAAACCUUCAAUGUUGAAAAGCUGAAAGAGAUUGAGAAACAAGUUACAACUCUAUCACUCAUCCUCGUUACACAUGCGACGGCCUCACAUCUUGCUGCUUACGCCCAUUGCUGUAAAAACAUCCCACAGUUCACGCGCAUUCCCGUAUAUGCGACACGACCCGUCAUCGACCUUGGCCGCACCCUCAUCCAAGAUCUUUACACAUCAAGUCCAGCCGCAGCGACAACGAUCCCUCAGAGUUCGCUCACAGAGAGCGCAUAUUUACUUACGCAAACCGCCACGACUGCGCAAAACCUCCUCCUUCAAUCCCCAACCAACGAAGAGAUUGCGCGAUACUUCUCUCUUAUCCAACCUCUCAAAUAUUCACAACCUCACCAACCUCUACCGUCGCCGUUCUCGCCGCCACUCAAUGGUCUGACUAUUACUGCAUACAAUUCCGGACACACCCUUGGUGGUACGAUAUGGCAUAUUCAGCAUGGCUUAGAAUCGAUCGUGUACGCGGUGGACUGGAACCAAGCACGUGAGAAUGUCUUUGCUGGUGCAGCUUGGUUAGGAGGCGCAGGAGGCGGUGGUGCCGAAGUUAUCGAGCAACUACGAAAACCAACUGCACUGAUCUGCAGUAGUCGUGGUGUUAACUGGACGGCCCAAACUGGAGGUCGCGCGAAGAGAGACGAACAGCUGAUCGAUACAAUCAAGGCUUGUGUAUCACGAGGAGGAACUGUACUGAUUCCUAUAGACUCAAGCGCUAGAGUUCUGGAGCUUUCUUACCUCCUAGAACAUGCCUGGAGGACAGAUGCUGCUUCCGACUCAGGCGUUCUCAAGGCGGCCAAGUUGUACCUGGCUGGACGCAACAUGUCUAGCACUAUGCGAUACGCCCGAAGUAUGCUCGAAUGGAUGGACGAUAGUAUCGUGCAGGAAUUCGAAGCUUUCGCUGAGGGUCAACGAAAGGUCAACGGUGCCAACGACAAGAAGGAAGGAGGCCCAUUCGACUUCAAAUAUCUACGACUACUUGAACGGAAGGCUCAGAUUGCACGACUGCUUAGCCAGGGUACGGGGAAUGUUGAGACAGGAGGUCGUGUUAUUCUAGCAAGUGAUAGCAGUAUCGAAUGGGGAUUCUCUAAGGACUUGAUCAAGGGAUUGGCCCGCGACUCGAGAAACUUGGUGAUUCUCACAGACAAGCCGGGUCUAUCAAAAGAUGACAAACCGUCAAUCGCAAGAACACUCUGGGAUUGGUGGAAAGAACGUAAGGACGGCGUGUCAGUGGAGCAGAACAGCAACGGCGAGAACAUCGAACUUGUUUAUGCUGGAGGACGAGAGUUGGAGGUCCGCGAGCCUCAGCGUCAUGCUUUGGAAGGAGACGAGUUGGCACUAUAUCAACAAUGGCUUGCGACCCAAAGACAACUCCAAGCGACUCAACAAACUGGAGGCGUGGCUGGACUCGAGGCAGCAGCGGAUGUUGUCGAUGAUGCUUCAUCUGAAUCCUCAUCUGACUCGGAAGAUGAAGAUGGCGAACAGCAAGGCAAGGCACUCAAUGUUUCGACAGCCAUCGCCCAGGCUGGCCGCAAGAACGUGGUGCUCAAGGACGAGGAUCUCGGUAUCAACGUGCUCAUCAAGAAGAAAGGCGUAUACGACUUCGAUACUCGAGGAAAGAAGGGCAGAGAGCGCACAUUCCCUAUCGCUAUUCGAAGGAAACGACAGGACGACUUUGGAGAGCUCAUUCGACCUGAAGACUACCUCCGUGCUGAAGAGAAAGAAGAGGAAGGACAGGACAAUGCUGGUCUGGAGGCCGCUGACGAUAAGCUUGGCAAGAAGCGUAGAUGGGAUGAUGUUGCCAAAAACGGGCCUGGCUCCAACAAGCGUCCACAAGCUAUACGGGCCGGUUCUGCCGACGGAGACGAGGCUGGAGCUGGCGAGGGCGAUGGCUUCGUGCCUGAUGAACUCGACAGUGUUGAGGAUGUUGAGCCUGAAGAGCCCACAGGACCAUGCAAACUCACAUAUCACACCGAAACCGUUCAGGCCAACAUGCGUAUUGCCUUCGUCGACUUCAGCGGUCUUCACGAUAAGCGAAGUCUUAACAUGUUGAUCCCCCUUAUCCAACCCCGAAAGCUCAUCCUUAUUGGUGGUGAGCGAGAUGAGACACUUUCUCUCGCCGAGGACUGCCGUCGGGCAUUGGGAGGAGAAGGGAACAAUGCGAAUAACUCCGGUAGCGACCGUUCCGUUGACGUCUUCACCCCUGAGAUUGGCGUCGUGGUUGACGCGAGUGUUGACACCAACGCCUGGGUUGUCAAGCUUGCAGACCCUCUGGUCAGAAAGAUCAAGUGGCAGAAUGUUCGUGGCCUGGGCAUUGUCACUAUUACCGGACAAUUGCUUGCUACGCACCUCAACGAAGCCGCUGGAGAUGAAGAUACUGCCAACAAGCGCCAAAAGACCGAUGAGACGCCCUCAUCCAUGACGCUCACCACUAUGGCCGCUGCUCUUCCUUCAGCCACGCCGGUUCUCGAUGUUCUCCCUGCGAACCUCGUGUCCGCUGUUCGCUCAGCGGCGCAACCACUACACGUUGGCGAUCUGCGUCUUGCUGACCUACGUCGUGCCAUGCAGUCCGCUGGACACACGGCCGAGUUCCGUGGUGAAGGUACACUAGUUGUUGACGGCACUGUGGCUGUUCGCAAGACAUCUGCAGGACGUGUCGAGGUUGAGAGCGUAGGCAUGCCGACCGCACGGAGAAGCACGUUCUACGAGGUGCGUAAGAUGAUAUAUGAUAAUUUGGCGGUCGUGGCUGGUGCAUAG